AUGCAGAAAGCGCUAGGUCACCGUGCCGACUUCUUCGACGAUUUCUCUUCGGAAUCAGAAUGGGAGGACAGGAUGAGCAAAACGAUGCAGAGUCCGAUUACAAGCGAAGGGCCGGGUCUGAGAGACAUUCUGUACGACAUUCACGGCGAUAUUGAGAAUGCGCAGCGCGGAAGGAAUAGGCAACGCAGCACCAUCACCUCGUUGCCCAGACUCGCAGAUCUUGCAGAUGUCUCUGGCUCUGGAACUGAUGACAGUGGAACCGGCGAUGAGCGAGCUUCUGGUCGAGGAACCAAUCACGCACGAAAGAUGUCUCUGACACGUCUGAACAAGGACAAUGUGCGCCUGGUGGAUAACAGGUCUAUCAGGUCCAGUAUCGACUCGCCGAGACACUCGUUACGCAGCAACAUGUCUUUGCCCAACUCUCCGCUCAUGGCAUCGGUCAAUUCAGCACCAUUCAGUACAUCAGGACCUCUCGAGGAUACAAUCACAGCCCUACCGCAAAGCCCAACGUUCGGCAGAGAACACAGAAGAACCGCGUCGUCAAACAGCACAUCCGACAGCGUCCUCGCAGACUCCAUCAUAAACGCCCACGUCAUGACCAUGCGCGCCCUCGAAGCCUUGAGUUCAGACCCAAGAAGCAUAGACCCGAGAGUCAGUAGCGACAUAGCAAACGCAGCAGGUCGCACAUACCUGCACUCCGCCUCCACAACCUCCUGGCCCAAAUCCACCUCCUUCUCCGCCAACCGACACGUCACCCUCUCCCCUCUAUCAACCGGCGAUGGAGACCAAGACGACAGAGCCAGCCGCCACCGCACCGCACAAAUCUACUCCCCCGCCAUCAAAUCACCCAACCCCUUCUCCGUCCCUAAUACCGCUAAUACCACAAUCACAAACCCCGACCUCCUCAUCCCAAAAGCUAGCUACAUCCCGCAAAAACAUGCUAGCAUCCUAGAUUCCCAUCUCUCCGCCCUCAACUUCUCGCUCUCGAACCGCACGACGGAGGAUUACACUAGGUUGAACUCGUGCUGUACGAGUGCGUUUCCGUUUGCAGAUGAGCCGAAGAGCCCGUAUGAUGAUCGGAAGGGGAAGGAAGUUCUUGGGCUUAUGACGGGAACGGGAAAUGGGGAUGAACAUGAUAUGAGGAGUCGGAGGGAGAGGAAUGAGAGUGCGCAGGGGGUUGUGAGGGGUAGUGGUGAGGAGGGGGGACGUGGAGGUGGAGGUGAGAGGGGAGGGGUGAGUAUGGAAGGCGACGGUGUUGUUGUUUUGGUUGGGUUAAGGAGGUGGACGUGGGGUAUGGGGAGGGGGAGGUGUGCAUGCGCGUGUGGUAACGCGGACGAGGAGCAGGAUGGUUUGUCGGGCAGAGAAGAGAAGGUGGCCAGAGUCGUCAUUCCAACGUACGCCUCGUCUUGGACGCCGAAACACAGCUAUACCAAGAGCAGCAUCAGCAACUGCAACAGCGAGAAGAGAAUGGAUCACAGCCCCAAGAUGAAAAGGAAAGAGCGCUCCGCCGACUUCGAUGACGAAGCUUUCGCUUUUGCGCUCAGAGCUGCGAAUCGCGAGUUGGCGGGUAAUUGGUUCCGGAGGACGUUUAGCGCGAGGACGUUGAGUGGGAUACACGUUGAAAGAACAAGUAUGCGAUAUCACGGCAGCGAAAAGGCCAACGAGGAUCGCGAGAUUCAUCCUGCGCUUCGCUCUCCACAGAACAGACACGCUGCAACUCCUUCCUCAGACGACCUCCUGUCCCUAUACAAGAACCCCCAAACCGGACGAAAGAACUACACGUGGAUAUCCUGGGCCAGACGCAACCCACAAUCCCCCCAACCCCCAACACUCCACCUCACAUACUCCCUCUCCCGCCCCCGGAUCCUCCUCUUGGUGCCGGCGAAGGGAAAUUGGAAAGAAAGGAGUUUAGCCAGAGAGUCGGGUGUGGGAUAG